GUGUGUUUCAGGAGGACGUCGAUGUUCGACGUUUGUUUUGGUUAAUCAUCCAAUGAGAGUUAAAUCAGAGUCCUGAAAUAACAAUUACAAACCAAUGAGGUGAGACCAAAUUCAAUCUAAAACCUGAAUCUAAAGGUUUACAAAACCAGCAUCUAAUGACAAUAAUUAUCAAUAAAUCCUGAUUUUUUAAAUAAAAACUGAAUAAGAAUGAGUGAAAAUGGUGCGGAAUACACGGAUAGUGUAGAUCCAAGAGUUCACAUCGAGUUGGAAAGGCUCAAUAGUGCUACUGAUAAUAUAAACAGGUUGGAGGUAGAUUUAGACGAUGCGAGGGCUUCAUUUCGACAAUUAUUAUGUGAAAGUACAGCAAAAGUUGAAGCUUUAAGGGUAAAAUUGGGGUUGUGUGUUGAAAGAGCGAAACCGUAUUAUGAAGCGCGAUUUUCUGCAAAUGAAGCAUUGAAACAUACUCAAAUAGCUGCUAUGAAAUAUGAGAGAGCUAAUAGUGCUCAUAGUGCUGCUAGGGAAAUGGUUUAUUUGGCAGAACAAGGUUUAGGAGGUCGUACUUUGGAUCCUGCAUGGCAAGAAAUGUUAAAUCAUGCCACUCAACGAGUGAACGAUGCUGAAAAAGAGAGAUGUACAGCUGGGACCGCUCAUAGAAUUGCUUGUGUUAAGCUUGAGGCCUCUAACACUAAAGUACAAAGUUUACAGAAAGAUUUAAAGAGAGCUAUUUCCAAAAGCAGUUUAGCUAUUCGAAGAGCACUUGUAUCCAUGAGUAACAUUGCCAGUCGACAUGAGUUAAUGUUGUUGCCAUAUUAUGAAAUGAAAGCUCACUUCAACAAUCUCCUCGAACAGCAGAAAUACAAAGUUCAACACUUAGAAUCGCAAGUAUCCACAUCAAAAUUAAUCUACGCUGACGCACUUCGAAAUUUAGAACAAAUUUCGGAUGAAAUCCACCAAAAACGUAACAAGGAGAACGGGAUAGAAUUAAGUGCUAACAAACAAAUCAGCGUGGAGAGUAGUGAAUCGUUUAUUGAUGAAAUUGAUGAAGAAGAGUACAAAAGUCUUCCCAGAAAUCUUACGGCCGUUUCCUCACCAAUUUAUGCGAACUUAGAAGAGUUAGAAGGUUAUAAAAAUAUUAGUGUUGGAAACAGUAUAUCGCCAAUGUCGCCCAUUUCUCAAAGUGAAGAAUCUGAAAAGGUACAAAAACCGUUGGAGCAUAGUCAAUCGAAUGAGUGGACGGAAAUCAAUUUAGAUGUAUCUAGCCCUGAAGAAGAUAUUCCGUAUAAACAACUCGAUGGGGUGGACGAAAAACCGAAAUUGUCGAGACAAAAAACUUUACCAAAUCCAUCAAUCGAAAACGAGUACAGUUUGUUGAGAAGUAAAGUUAAAUUGGAUGGAACGAUUUCAAAUUGGAUUUCAAGGUCUUCCGCUAAGAGCGAAGCUGAGCACAGCAAUGUAACUAGAAGACAAAGUCUUGAUAACAUAUUAGGACCAACCGGCGAAAAAGUUAAAGAAAUCUUUAAUCAUGGGAUGAUGAUGUUAAAUAUUAGCUCGUUAACAGAACGAAGAAACAGCGAACCUAAACCGGGUAUUACUGAAGAUAGAGGAAAAAGCUCUGGAAAGAAGUUACCAUCACCGUUAGAAAAAACUUUGACUUAUUUAAAUAUUGAAGAUGAUAAUUCUGAUACGGAAAGUUUAUCAAGUGUUGAUAUGUUGAAUGAAGAGCAGAUAAAUUCAUUGAUGUUGGAUAAAGAAAUCGGCCAUGUUUGUGAACAACUUCUUGGUACUCCAUUAAUAGAAGUGGUUUCUUUGCCUCAAUGCAACGUCGAAUCUAGUCAACCAAAAUAGAUAAAUAGAAUAAUUAAUAGGUAAAAGAAUAGUUUUUUCAAUAGAGACCAAAAUAGCAUAUCAAAGAUAAAUUGAAAUGAGAAAGCUUGUUAAAGAUAUUUCUGUGGCUGUAUGUAGCUACUUAAUCUAAUCUAGUCUAAGAAAUAGUAUUUUUUUUAUUUAUUUAUAUUUUAUGGAAUUGAUAUUAUAAUUAAGAAAUAUUUAUAUUUUACCUUUAUUAUUUGCAAUUUUUAUGUAUACAAUAUUACAGGAUGUGGCGGAAGUAUCUGAGGGUUUAUAACUUCAUUUAUUCUCUAUUCUCCAUUUCAAUAUCGAUUGGCAUGAUUAAAAACCAAUCGCCAAAAUGUAAUAUAAUUGUAAUUGGAUUGUUGAGAUAUGUUACUAAAGAGAAUCUCCUCUUUAUUUAGUAAAAUUCAUUUAGCUUUUAAACCAUCAUAUAUUUCUGCUGCAAUCUGCCAUUUAAGAGUCACUUUUACCAACUUUUCUUUAAAUGAACCCAGGUUGGUUAACAUAAUUAAUGCUGUUUUAAGCAAACUCAUUAACUGGCCACCAAAACAUCUUUAAGUGAAGACUGUAAAAGUGAUUCUAAGUUGUUUUGUUCUAUGUAACGAAUUUUUUAUAUCGCCCAAUUUGUGAUUUUGAUAAACAAUUUUUAUAAAACUUAUUAUAAAUUAUGUAUAAUGACUUAUGUAAAACAACUAAGACCUGGAAUUUGUAUAAGGUAUUGCACAAACAAUUAUUAUUUAUUUUGUUGCUUAUUUACUAUCAAGAGAAAACUUUUUUAAGAUAAAGACACCAGUAGUUGACUCUAAAAACUUAAUUUUUGUUGCAGUUAUUAUGUUAAAAUAGUUAAUUAAGUUAUGUACUUUCUUUCCUGCUCUAAGUCUUACUCCUUAAUGGUUGAAGUUGAAAUCAUUACUUUAAGGUUAUCUGGGGGAAAUUCAUUAUUUAUAGGCAUUAAUUUAUUUUUAACAUCAUAAGUUGAAAGUGUCCACUACUGAUGCUCUUGUUGAAUUUUUUUAUUUAGGAGUAUUUCUGAUCUAAGUUAUAAUGAAUUAGAAGGAUGUGUUAAAAUGUGCAAACUAUAAAGACAUUUGUCAAAACCUGAGCGGUGCAGCUAGCUAAAAUAUAUUUUCAAAAUUAUCAAGGCUAUCAACUAACACGAUCGCUUCACUUCAAGACCAUUUUCAUUCGUUCAUUUUGACACAACCUUUAAAAGUUUUUGCUAAUAACUUUGGUAAUAAAUAUAAAAUUUUCUAAAACAUUGGAAAGUUUUGAUUUUAUUCCCAUCUUAAAUUUAUUAUAUGGUUAAAUGAUUUUUGUUGCUUUUCUUUGUGAUAACUGUAUAUACCAAUAAUACAAAAUAAAGAAAACCUAGCGUUAACCUAUUUAUAGUAUUCAACUACUAGUCUAUAUUUAAACAGAAGCAAUAUUGAAAUUAUAAUAUUUAUUAUGUAACGUAUUGUAUAAGUAAGUUGUUAACUAGUGCAAUAAAUACCUGUUAAGAGAU